UAAAUAUUGCAGAUUGCUUGUAACAAUUUUAUAAAGGAGACAAAAAAUAUUAAAAACAUGUAGCUCUACCGAUUUUCACAGAAUUUCAUUGAGCAUUAAAUUCCACGAAUCAUACUUCUCUUUUCGGUUAGUUCGAUUCUCGCAGUCCAAAGGAAUAUUUUUAACCUUUCGAGAUAAAUUGUGAUUUGUGUGUUGAUCUAAAAACAAAAACAACUAUGGAUUUGAAACUGGACGAUGACUUGGAUAAUGACUUGGACAUACGCAAUAGUGAACAGGAUGGCAACGAAAAUUUUACGACUACGGCAAUGACAAUGGAUCACGAUUUGAAUUACGAUUUGGAUAAUGAAAACACUGCAACAACUUCGGCGAUGAACAAGACUUCAGUUAAAGAUUACAGGAAAAGUAACAAAAGCAGAAUUCAUCUCAGUCGGAGAAGAAUAAAAUAUAAAGGGUGCAUCAAAAGAAAAGAUAAAAAGAAAAAUUCAGUUUCUAAGAAUAACAGAGAUGUUGAAGAAAUUUUUAACAACUCUACUGAAACUUUAACUACAAAUGAUCAUGAAGAAAUUUCUCAUGAAGACUCGAGUCUCAACAUCAGAGAAGAACUUGAAGAAGGAAUCGAAGAAGAAAGAGUGACAAUUGAAGCAAACCAAGAAUAUAGAAUGGAAGGUCAACGGAUUGUGGCUAUCCAAGAUUUCAUUAAUUCAUUGAAAUUAUUAGGAGAUCACAACAAAGACAUGGCAUGUACUCUAAGCAAUAUGAUUGUUCAAAAAGAGAUUAGGAAUGGGCUAGAGUCUACAUUAAUUUUCAAAUGCAAUAUGUGCAAUAAAGUGAAAUCCAUUCAAACAAAUAAUACAGCAAAUGAAACAUCAGUCAUUGGCAUUAUGAAUAUUGGUUCAGGUUAUAGCCAUUUAGAACAAUUAACGUCUGCAAUGGAUAUACCAUGUAUGUCUAAUGCAACGUACCAAAAAAUUCAGAACCGAGUUUGUGAUUCGUGGGAAGAAGCCGCAUUAGAAUCAAUGAUAGAAGCUGGUCAAGAAGAAAAACGGCUAGCAAUAGAAAAUGGUGAUGUUACAGAUAAUGGAAUACCAUACAUUACUGUGGUUUGUGAUGGUUCAUGGGCUAAAAGAUCAUAUCGCACAAAUUACAAUUCCUUGUCUGGAGCUGCCGCCAUAGUUGGUUACAGAACACGGAAAGUCUUACACCUCGGCGUAAAAAAUAAAUUUUGUUUAGUAUGCAAAAAAAAUGAAAAUCAUGACUCAAUACCAGAACAUAAAUGUUACAAAAAUUUCACAGGAUCUUCGUCAUCUAUGGAGUCGUUUAUUAUCGCUGAAGGUUUUCAACAAAGCUUGAAUACACAUGGCCUCAUUUAUAGGUUUAUGAUUGCUGACGGCGAUAGUAGCGUUUUUAAAACUCUAUUAGAUUUGAGACCUUACGCUAGUCAUUCGAUAAAAAUAGAAAAAAUCGAAUGCAAAAAUCACCUACUUCGAAAUUAUCGAAAUAAAUUAAGAGAUCUCUUCCAAAACACUAAUUUACCUAUUAUCUUGCGACGAAAAGUAAAGGUAGGUACCUUAUUUGUUAGAUAGGCAGUCUCAUUUUGAAAUACACGGCAAUUUUUUUAAAAUUGGUAAAUGCGGUUUAAAUAGUGUUAUGUAUUAUGUAUUUCCAAAUCACUGUGAUAUAAUAAGUUUCUACGUGACCAUAUUACUUAAAUUUAUUAACAUUUAUAGGGUUAUCAUCUGAAAUUUUCCGGAGCUAUAAAUAAAGCAAUAGAAUAUAGAAAAAACCAAGAUUGCUCUCUAAAAGAAAAAAUUGAAAAAUUAAGAACUGAUAUACUGAACAGUCCUAGUCACAUUUUAGAAGAACAUAAGAAGUGUAUUGAAUUGCAGUAUUUUUGCAAAAAAGUCCAUAAUGCCGGAGAUAGUUUGAUGGCAGAUUUUAAAUUAACCAAUUCACAUGACGAUCUAAUGCACCUUGUCUCUAAUAUGGCAAAGCAUGCUUCCAGUCUCAUUCAUGACGUAAAUAACAAUGUGGUAGAGCAAUUCAAUGCAGUAAUUGCAAAAUACAUUGGCGGGAAAAGAGUAAAUUACUGCAUGAAAAGAUCGUACCAAGCCCGGUGUUCAGCAGCAACAGUGUCUUACAACACUACAAAACCGCUGUAUCACGUGACCAAAAAAUUAAAAAACAAGAGUCCUGGAUUAUUUACAAAAAAAUGGGAAACCAAAUAUCGAAGCAAAUUAUUACGCCAAAAAUUAAGAAAAAGUGCGGCUAGGCGAAAAUUGUUUAAACGGAAAAAUGACCAGGACUACGGUGACCAUUGUCAGAAACCAGACUUGUGUGCUGAAGAAUACGAAGCAGCAAAACGUACAUUUUUAGAUAUGAACUUCAAAACCGGAACAGAAAUACAGAUGUUAGAACAACAAACUCGUGGAAGUGAUUUGCAAAGGAACAGCCACGUGUGGAAAACUGARAGGAAAAAAAGGGUAACAGCAUCAAAAUUUUAUGAAGUAUGUGUGAAAAAAAAUAGUACAAGUCGGAAGAGGCUUGUGGAAUCGAUUAUAAAACCUAGGGAAGUAAAAAGUAGGGCACUGGAUCACGGAAUUUUUUAUGAAAAAAUUGCUAUUGAGGCGUUACGCCAACAGUUAAAUAUUAAWAAAAUUGACGAAUGCGGACUCUUUAUAAAUCAGGAACACCAAUACUUAGCUGCCACUCCAGACGGUCUAAUUGGGAAUGACACUUUGGUAGAGGUAAAGUGUCCGUAUUCAGCGAAAGACAUGACACCAGAAGAAGGAAUUGAAAAAAGAAAAAUUACAUUUUGGAAGAAAGACUACACGAUUAAUAAAAGGCACAAGUGGUACUUUCAAAUACAGGGGCAGUUAUAUGUAACUAAUCGAACAAAAUGUAUUUUUGCUGUUUGGACAUUUAAAGGACUAAAAUAUGAAGAAAUAGGAAUUGACACAACUUUUUGGGAUAAAUUUAUGAAACAGCAACUGAAACGCUUUUAUU